GUUGGCAACGAGACUGUGUUUUUUUUCAAGCCUUUUUGUAUUUGUUCUAGCUUAUAACAUGCAAGGCGACGGCGUAUGGUCAGUGAUCAACGUGGACUCGUGCGGGGACAAACUGGAAAAUGUUGUCGUAGGGAUAAAAGUGGAUAAGCACAGGGUAAACCGCACGCACGAAGUGUUCCGAGCCGAGGUAGACGCUGCUAUGAUCAUCGAUGACUCUUUUGGGAUUUUCAUAGACGUCUGUAAGAUAGUGGACGGCGGUUGUAAGCAUUACACCAACAUCGUUGACGGUCUGAAGAAAUUGUUGUACACGCAUGCAAAGAAAAACGCUCAAAUCGCCUUCGAGUUAGCUGGCAUCGACCCUCCAGAUUUCCCACUCCCGGAGGGUCACCACCUACUAGACAACUUUUUAUUAGACUACUGCGAGUUGCCCACGUAUUGUGCUUACGGCACGUACGAAGCGGAGGCUUUCGUCAUUAAGGACAAGGAGCAAGUUGGCUGUUUGAAGGUGGUCGCCGAGUUCGCGCAGCCAGAGGAAGAAACAUGUUAAUACGCACUAAACCAAGCCAUAAACACAACUGAGCAUGGCUUGGUUCGCGGCUU